UCAUUGGCCCGUGGAGCCUUGCCUGACCACGCCUCCAUUCCAGCCCCCUGGCUGGGAGGGCAGGCGCUUGCUUUUGAUUGGCUGGCAGGCCUGCCUCUCGCGGGAGCAGCUGCCUGCUCCUUUCCCUCCCUCUCCCUCCUCCCGCGGGGCCUCGGGGUUCCUCAGCUGGCGGCGUUGAGUCAGUGUCAGUCAGGGAGGUGGACAGUCGGGCGCCGGGCGCGGACGCUCCAGUGCGGUCUCGCUCGGGGGGCCGGUGCCUGCGCUCGCGCCGCCGCCGGGUGGGAAGGAUGAAGCUGCGGCUGGAGCGGCCGCCCUAUGAUUGGCUGUGGAGCUUGUGAACCCGAAGUAAAGAUGGCGGGCGGGCAGGCAGCCGCCGCACUGCCCGCUUGGAAGAUGGCGGCGCGCCGCAGCCUGGGCACCCGCGGCCGGGGGGUCCUGCGGCCGGCGGCGGCCCGGCUGCUGCCGCUGCUGCUGCUGAGCUGCUGCUGCGGCGCGGGCGGGUGCGCGGCGGCGGGCGAGAACGAGGAGACGGUGAUCAUCGGGCUGCGGCUGGAGGACACGAACGACGUGUCGUUCAUGGAAGGGGGGGCGCUGCGGGUGAGCGAGCGGACCCGGGUCAAGCUGCGGGUGUACGGGCAGAACAUCAACAACGAGACGUGGUCCCGCAUCGCCUUCACGGAGCACGAGCGGCGGCGGCACACGCCGGGCGAACGCGGGCUGGGGGGUCCCGCGCCGCCGGAGCCGGACAGCGGCCCCCAGCGCUGCGGCAUCCGCACCUCAGACAUCAUCAUCCUGCCGCACAUCAUCCUGAACCGCCGCACCUCGGGCAUCAUCGAGAUCGAGAUCAAACCGCUGCGCAAGAUGGAGAAGAGCAAGUCCUAUUACCUGUGCACGUCCCUUUCCACACCGGCCCUGGGAGCCGGCGGCCCGGGCUCCGCCAGCGGGGCCGUCGGGGCUAAGGGCGGCGCGGGGGUGGCCGGGCUGCCGCCGCCCCCGUGGGCCGAGACCACCUGGAUUUACCACGACGGCGAGGACACGAAGAUGAUCGUGGGCGAGGAGAAGAAGUUCCUGCUGCCCUUCUGGCUGCAGGUGAUCUUCAUUUCGCUGCUGCUGUGCCUGUCGGGCAUGUUCAGCGGCCUCAACCUGGGGCUCAUGGCUCUGGACCCGAUGGAGCUGCGCAUCGUGCAGAACUGCGGCACCGAGAAGGAGAAGAAUUAUGCCAAGCGCAUCGAGCCCGUGCGCAGGCAGGGCAACUACCUGCUGUGCUCCUUGCUGCUGGGCAACGUGCUGGUCAACACCACGCUCACCAUCCUGCUCGACGACAUCGCCGGCUCAGGCCUGGUGGCGGUGGUGGUCUCCACCAUCGGUAUUGUCAUUUUUGGGGAGAUCGUACCCCAAGCCAUCUGCUCCCGCCACGGCCUGGCGGUAGGGGCCAACACUAUCUUUCUCACCAAGUUCUUCAUGAUGAUGACCUUCCCGGCUUCUUACCCGGUCAGCAAGCUGCUGGACUGCGUCCUGGGUCAGGAGAUAGGCACAGUGUAUAACCGGGAAAAGCUGUUGGAGAUGCUCCGGGUCACUGACCCUUACAACGACCUCGUGAAGGAGGAGCUGAACAUCAUCCAAGGGGCGCUGGAACUGCGCACCAAGACGGUGGAGGACGUGAUGACGCCUCUCCGGGACUGCUUCAUGAUCACCGGCGAGGCCAUUCUGGACUUCAACACCAUGUCGGAGAUCAUGGAGAGCGGCUACACUCGCAUUCCGGUGUUUGAGGGAGAGCGCUCCAACAUCGUGGACCUGCUCUUUGUCAAAGACUUGGCCUUCGUGGAUCCAGAUGACUGUACUCCCUUGAAAACCAUCACCAAAUUUUAUAACCACCCCUUGCACUUUGUUUUCAAUGACACCAAGUUGGACGCUAUGCUGGAAGAAUUUAAGAAAGGUAAAUCUCAUCUGGCCAUUGUGCAGCGGGUAAACAAUGAAGGAGAAGGAGACCCAUUUUAUGAAGUUCUGGGAAUUGUCACCUUAGAAGAUGUGAUUGAAGAAAUCAUCAAAUCUGAGAUCCUAGAUGAAACAGAUUUAUACACUGAUAAUAGAACGAAAAAGAAAGUGGCUCAUCGUGAAAGAAAACAGGAUUUUUCUGCCUUUAAGCAGACAGACAGUGAGAUGAAGGUUAAAAUAUCACCGCAGCUUCUCCUGGCCAUGCAUCGUUUCCUAGCAACAGAAGUAGAAGCAUUUAGCCCAUCCCAGAUGUCAGAGAAGAUCCUUCUAAGGCUGCUAAAGCACCCCAAUGUCAUCCAGGAACUGAAGUAUGAUGAGAAGAACAAGAAAGCCCCAGAGUACUACCUCUACCAGCGAAACAAACCUGUAGACUACUUCGUUCUCAUUCUGCAGGGAAAAGUGGAAGUAGAAGCUGGGAAAGAAGGUAUGAAGUUUGAAGCGAGUGCUUUUUCAUACUAUGGUGUAAUGGCCCUCACAGCCUCUCCAGUUCCUUUGUCCCUGUCUCGUACCUUUGUUGUCAGCAGAGCAGAGUUGUUAGCCGCAGGCUCUCCAGGUGAAAAUAAGUCCCCUCCUCGCCCGUGUGGCCUGAAUCACUCAGACUCUCUGAGUCGAAGUGACCGGAUCGACGCGAUGCCCCCCUCGCUGGGGAGCAGCAAUAACCAGCUCAACUCUUCCUUCCUGCAAGUCUACAUCCCCGACUACUCGGUGCGGGCCCUUUCUGACUUGCAGUUUGUCAAGAUCUCCAGGCAGCAAUACCAAAAUGCCUUGAUGGCAUCCCGGAUGGACAAAACUCCUCAGUCUUCAGACAGUGAAAACACUAAAAUUGAAUUGACUCUUACGGAGCUGCAUGACGGGUUGCCAGAUGAGACAGCCAACUUGCUCAAUGAACAGAACUGUGUGACUCACAGCAAGCCCAACCACAGCCUGCACAAUGAGGGUGCCAUCUAGGGGUGCCCUGAGGGCCCUCCCCACCCAUCCCCCCCCCCCCCCCCGUGGAGGCCCGGCCUCUGCCCCACCACAACUUCCAUCCGUGCGAACUUGUCUGCCAUGCUGCGUCCGGCACCAUUCUGAGACCAAAGACUUUGCUCCCUUCCUGGAGGCCUCGGCGGAGGACAGCACCGGGAGGGAUGGAAACUAGAAGUGUGACACCGAUGGUUCGGUCAUGGCAUUCAAGAGUCUGGAGACAAACUUCUUCCGCCCAAAUAGAAUCAUGUUUAUUUUUUCAGCUGUACCUUUUAUCAUUACUCUCCUCCCUCAAUUUGCAUGAAGGUGAAAAUCGUGGCGAUUUAUUUUUUCAAGAGAUCGUGUUUUUUAAAAGUGUCUUUUUUGCAGAGUUUCAGGUUGUUCUGGUUGAACUCUGCUGUGACCCUAUGAUAUGACCCUAACAGGAUGGACUUGUCCCCUCCAGUGGCCUUCCUUGGCCCUCCCCAGAAGGGACAGCCUUCUUCUGGGCCCCCGUGGGUGUCGCUGUGGAACUUGAUG